CACCAAAAUGGAAUCAGACCAACAAGUCCUUGCAGCAAAAUUUAGCGCCCCUUCCAAGAUUAUUCUGAGUGGAGAGCAUUCUGUCGUGUAUGGUCAUCCAGCUAUAGCAUUUGCAGUGGGUCAAUCGUGAGAAGAUCAUGAAGAAGGGAAAGAAAUUGAUAAAAAUAUUGCUUACAGAACCCAAUCUUCAAUAAUUGUCUAUCACAAGACAGACACUGAGAGACCUUUCUUAAAAUGGAAAUCAACAAUCUUUGAAACCAUCUACAAUGAAUACUCUGACCUCUCCAGCCUAGAGAAGAGGAAAGAUUUGGAAAAACUUGGAGCACAGAUCUUCUUAGAGGCUGUCAAGAAAGGAUGCGACAACAAUCAAGACAUUAUUAAUGAAAUUGUCAGCAAGUAUACAUUCGAUGUCACAUUCGGGUUUGGCGUACCGAUAGGAGCAGGUCUCGGGUCGAGUGGAUCCUUCAAUUGAGCAGCAACAGGCAGCAUUUACAUGAUAUUUAAAACUCUCUGCCAAAAAGAGCUUCCUUCUGAAAUCACUGUUACAAGGGAAGAUCUGGAAAAAGUUAAGGAUCUCACUCAUUUCGGAGAAAAACUAGUCCAUGGAAACCCUUCUGGAAUUGACAGCUACAUUAUCAGUGAAGGAGGAAUCGUUAAAUUCACAAAAACAGACGGAGAAAUUCACUGAGAGAACGAUUUCGAUAUCCCAGCAGACCUUAACUUUGAUAUUGUCUUCACUGGAGUCAACAGAAGUACUAAAACAUCCUUAGUGAACAUGCUGAAUCUUAAAAAUGCUUUCCCAGGUAUCUUGAUUGUGGCUUAAUCACCUAUAGAGGUAUUUGAAAGCCUUCUAGGCUCCAUAGCUACAGUUACAGGUGAAUUUGAGAAGAUGCUCAAGAGCGGUACUUUUGAUGUCAAAAAUGCAUUGUACCUCACAAACGUAAACCACAAGCUGCUCCAGUCUCUCCAGUUGAGUGUUCCCAUAAUAGAUGAGCUUACCAUGAUCGCUGAGGAGUACAAAGUCGGCCUCAAAAUAACAGGAGCAGGCUGCGGAGGAUGUCUCCUCGUAAUCUACUCAGAGGACUCAGACAUCUCUGGUUUCCACACAAAACUCGGCGACUAUAAAGACAGAGGUGUGAGAUUGAUCAAAGCCGAAAAGAGCGACAAAGGAUUUGCGGUAGAUUCCUACAA